UUUCUUUUCCACGUGAAUGCCUCAACAAAUGACAGGGGAACUGACUAUAUCCCAACCUGACAAUACAAAGUGCUAACAGAAAGACAAGGUGGGUGACGGUGAGGUAACAUCUUUUAUUGGACCAACUUCUGUUGGUGAGAGAGACAAGCUUUUCAGCAAGCUUGUCUCUCUCCAGCAGAAGUUGGUCCAGUAAAAGAUAUUUCCCUGGCAAAUGGGAAGCUGUCAAAGUAGACUCAUCAGGGUUUGCUGGAAUUCUGUCUGCUGUUAGCUUGCAGCCAGACUGUCAGAGAGGGAGGGACAAGAGGAGAGCCAUUUGAUGUCUGAGUUGAAGUUGUAACUAGUAAAAGAAGCACACAUGGAUGAUUCUAUUGAGGAACUGCUCACAUUACCACUCUCCUUGAACUGGACUCAUACUACGAUCUAUUGUUAAUAUCUGGUUAAAUAUUGUUGAGUGGAAAAACAUGGUCCACACCAAUUUAGCAAGCUUAAUCAAUUUCAAAACUUUAUUAAGAGAAUUUUAGGACAAUAUACUACUACCUUCAAGCAUAAAAUAUAAGUGCAUAAGUAAAACGGGAAAGGAUAAUGAUCAAUUACCAGUCCUGGGGAGCAGGUAGGCGGUUUCUUUCAUCACCACGUCCUUACUGGGUCAGUUGUGUGUGUCCUGCAUUGCUCUGAUUGUUUUCAAUAGUUCACAUAAUUUUAUACCCUUAUAUAACCUGUACAUUUGCACGAUGCCCAUAUCUAAUCAUUAAUUUUCCUUGUCCAUAUUUGAUCUCUCAUGCUAUAUGCAUGCUGCAUUUUUGUAUCAAAACAUCCUAAUUGGUUCCUUCAUAUCAAUCAUGCACAGAUCACGCACAGUAAUACAUGUCAUCUCUUCCAUUCAUCUGUUUCCUGUUUUUCUCAACUUAUCUAUUUUAGCCAUCUUGCUCUUGUCCUUGACAUGGGGUGGGGAUAUUUUGUUCUUCUCAGGAAGUCUGUUCAAUAUUUAGCAAGCAUCUGUGUUUCUUAACUUUUAGAAGCUAAAGAACUAGUGAAAUUUCUCCCUGGCUUUGGAGUAGUAUUCAUGCAUGAAGGUACUUGCACACCAAAGUUUGUUAAAUACCAAUCCAUAUAGUUGUGUCCUGGACUGUAAAGAAUGCAUGGAUUUUAAGGCUUCUUAAUCACUGAGUUGAGAAGCAGAGUGAAAAUUCUAGAUUCCUUGUAAUACUUCCAAUGCAUCUUUCUGGCAAAUACUACUGAAGCCCCAUUAAACUUUGUGCAUACAUUCAACUAUAGAUUACUCAAAAAAACACAGACUCCAAUCUUAAAAAGACUUGUGCCCAGCCUUAGCUUUGCACUGCUCACAGUGCAUAAAGUUAAGUAUCUGUGUAAAAAGAUCGAGUAUUACUUUUGGCACCUUAGAGACUAACAAAUUUAUUUGAGCCUAAUAAAUUGUGUACGUCUUUCCAGGAUCACAGCCUAAAGUUGUUAUACCCCUACUAGAAUCUGACUGCUAUAAUCCUCACUGAAAGAUUCAAAUUUUUAAUUUCUGAAGGAAAUGCAUCCUUAAAAUGUCGCUAAGCAAAUCUUUUACUCACCUGACCCGACAGCAACCACGAAAAGAAGCAGGACAUACAUUUUUACUAGUCGCCAUGAUCGGCAGGACAAAGCAGAAAAGCAAAAUGCCCACUCGGCAAGGUUAGCUGCAUUUUUACAUCAAAACAUCCUAAUUGGAUGUUCCACUUCAGAUCACUGAUGAUCAUCAUGCUGGAUGAGCUUUUGACCAGAUGUGACAGGCAAAUGGAUAUUUCUGCUUUUAGCUUUUUAAAGCAAAUGAGCACCAUGCACCUCAACUGUGCAAGUUCUUUUUUUAAAAAAAAAAAACAAAACAGUCUUUGAAACUUCUGUACUGCAGGCAGGUGCACUGUUGUGUCCGGGUGAAGUGAUCUGCAGGAGCAGGCCUUCCCACCAGCUAAUGACAUGGUCGAUUUAAAAUAUUUUCUCACCUGUGUUGCUCACGCAAAGCGAGAAUGGAAAUCUUUAAAACACAGUUUUUGGCCACGUGUUUACUUUUGACCUUCCUGCCAGCUGGACCAACAAAAGCAGCUCCCCAGGCAGGUUUCCAGGAAGCUGUAGGCAGGGUGCCAGGCCGGUUGUUAGGCUCUGGUACCAGUGAUGUACAACCGGGGCGGGGGGGGGGGGGGAUGGGACCCAUGUGUACUGAGGCCUCCGUGGGACGCGUCGGGCUCUGCAGGUUUCCCCUUGGACGAAGCCGAUGGGCUCAGCAGCGCCCCACGCGAGACAAGGGGGGGCCUGGCCCGGCCCGGGGGGGAGGGGAUCGGCCCAAGCUCACCACAGCCCCGAGGGUUCGCGGGAAGGGCCCGGGUGGAGCCCAGGCCCAGGCCCAGGCCCAGCCCGCUAAGGAGCAGGCGCGGCGGGGCCCCGCGUUCUCCCCUCCCGAGCGGAAGCAGCGCAGCCGCCAGCCCGUGACAGAAGAACUCGGCUCCGUUCCGCCUCAGGUCCGGCGGGGGACACUUCCGGUCCAUGGGGCAGCGGAACUCGGCUAAGACACUUUCGGCCCGGGGGAAGCCCGAUGGCGACGGGCGCUUCCGGGAGGCAGGGAAAGUGAAGCAGACAUAAGAAGCAAGUACAAAUUAUUUUCGUAUCCUGCACUUUAUAAAGAUGAAGAAGAAAAACAGAGAACAUAGCGAGAGCCUUGAAAGCAACAAAAAGAAAUGUAUGCAGAGUGUGGAAGUUUGCCCUCAUUCUCCUUUGCUCUUUGAAGAUCAAUCUUCCCAGGACAUUGAUGUUCAUAAAAAGAAAUCAAAAAAAAAGAAAACCAAGCAAGAGAAACAAGACUCUUGGCUAGAUAAUUCUUGUAUCAGUAGGAAGCGUGAAAUUAAUAAUGAAACUGUAACAGAUGCUUCCAAAAAGAAAACAAAAAAAAAAAAGAAACGGAAACACAGUGAUAGUGAGCAGGAGCAAAAUAAUGUACUCUGUAUCCAUGUGAACCAAGAGGUGGACACAACUUUGGAGAGUGUUGAUUAUAUUUAUGUAAAUGCAUCUGCUAAGAAGAAAAAAAGAAAAAAGAAUUUGUCAGAAGAGCUGGAUGAGGUAAACGAACUGCCUGGCUUGUAUGCAUUUGGAAAUGAUUGCAGAAGCCAAAAAAAGAAAAAAAAGAGAAAACAGACCAGCCCCUGUGAUACACAAGAAACCAGAGAUGAAACCUUCGCAUCAUCGUUUUUGUCAGAUUCAGAACAAAAUUCUACGUCCUCUCAAGAAAGGAAUGAUGAGGUUAUGAUGUCAGGGUCAUCUACUAAAAUGAGCAUCCCAAUAAUGCCUAAAAAAUGCCACAAAACCCAUGAAGGUGGAAAAUCCUCCAAAGAAGAUACGGCUGAUAUGACAAAGAUUUCUUCAGUAAUUGAUGAAAAUCCUCUGGAUGUGACUGCUGACAUUUCUAAGGUUACUUCAGAGGGUAAUAAUGGCUGUUCUGAAGAAACUGUGGUACCAGUUAGAAAGAUUGAUUUCCCUUCCCAGUCACACUCUGAACAAGCAACCUCAGAAGCUAAGAGAAAGUUACCAGAGUCUGUGGCAUCUGAAAAUGAGGAAGACCAGGAUGUUGGAUUUACAGAAUCUGAAAACUCUAUGAUGUUGAAUAAUGAAGAGUUCCUUGAAAGUUCCAUGUAUUCAGCAAUGGAUUUGGAGACUCUCAAAAGGAAACUGGAGGAGUUUAUUCCUCAAGUGUGGACAAUGUCAGAAACAUCAGUCCUAAAGAUGGCUGGGAGAGACCUGAUCAGGUUUAAAAAGUUUAAAGAACAAGGUAUGCCUAUCAAGUUUGGCAGGUUUUCUCAGAAGGAAAAUACUCAAAUACAGAAGAAUGUUGAAGACUUUUUAUCACUUACAGAAAUAGAGAAUGCAGAGAAACUGUUAUUUACCUACCGGUACCCAGAAGAGCAAGAAGCCAUCACCAAAUUAAAAUCAAAAUAUGCUUUUGGUAUGAAGAUUGCUGAAGGGAUUCCACGGCCCUGGAAACAGGUAUAUUUUCGGGCAAGGAAGAUGUUUGACCCAAACAACUAUAAAGGGAGGUAUUCUGAGGACGAAAAAGAAAAAUUAAAGAAGUAUCAUGCUAUACAUGGCAACAACUGGAAGAAAAUUUCUGAGAUGAUGUCCCGCAGUACCCACUCAGUUGCAAUGAAGUAUUCUCAGAUUAAGUCCCAGGUUAAUUCUGGUCCUUGGAGUAAGGAGGAGACACAGAAACUAGUUCAAGCAGUGAAGGAGACCAUUCAGAAGAGGGCUGAUUUGGAAGACAUAACAUCCUUGCUACAGGCAGAGAAUUCAGAUGGAACUCUCUCAGUUGAACGUGAAAAACUGUACAAGAACAUAUCUUGGACUGAGAUAGAGGCUAAAGUGGGAACCAGAUAUUGGAGACAGUGUAAACAGAAAUGGAUUUCAAUUGUAACAAAGAAAAUGUCCAAUGGGCAGAAAGUAUAUGGUGGGACUAAAGGUUUACAGGUCAAAAUCGAUCUUAUUAAAAGAUUGUAUGAAAUGAAGGUGGAAGACGCUAAUGAAGUGAACUGGGAAGAGCUCUGUGAGAUAAUUGGAGAUGUCCCUGAAGCCUAUGUUCAAGCCAAAUUUUACAAGUUAAAAGCUACCAGUGUCCCUUCUUGGCAAACGAAGACUUUUCCCGAAAUAAUUGAUUACCUUUAUGCUGAGACACUUCCAUUGCUUGAGGAAAGAUUAGAAAAAAGGCACAAGGGUCCUCAGAGUUGGGACAGGUCUUCUUCCAGCUGCGAGAAAAAGGUUUUCCAGUUUACCGACAUCUUUGACAACUGUGAAGAUGAUGUUGAUGACAAUGACUGAUUAUCCUCCAAAAUGCUCACUCUUUGCACAUCCCCAAAAUGAAAAAUGGAUUCUGAUUAAACUGGGGUUAAAUCAGAAACUGAAUGUACAUGACCAUGAAAUAAUGGGAAGAAUGAAGACACGCAAGCCUGCUUCUCCUGUUUUGUAUUGAAGAGAGAAGUAAAUGUAGAUUAUUUUUUGCGGUAUCUUUGUUACUAGAGACUUUUAACCUUAUCUUCAGAUUGUUUGGGGAAGCUAAAGGUCACUUUGUAUUGGACUUGUGGAAACACUGAAAAACAAUAUUUUUUUUCUUAAUACUUCAUUCAUUACAAAUUUGCUAGAAGUCCUGGGUAAGCCUGUCUGAGUGAAUUUAGGUUUUCAGCAUUCUAACGUCAAAUUAGGAUCUUCAUUUUUAAAAAAAUCUGCCUUUUAAAAAAAAAAAAAAAAGGUCCAUUUAUUUUAAGUCUGUGUAAGUAGAAUUUUUUUAAUUUGCUGUGUUCAGUAUUUAAAAAAAUGCAACAAACUGUUUAGGUAAGUAGAGGGUACCACUAGUUUUCAGAGAUAACAACUGGGGAUAAAUCAACUUGAAAUCUAAUGACUAAGAUUUUGUAGAUUCUGUCAAAUGUUUUCCACCUAAUUGAAACAUUGGAAUAUUAAUGGAACCAGUGUACUGUUAGCCAGACUGCGGAGAAUUGAUUGCUAUAUGGCUAAUUUAAGCUGUUACACUGGUCAGUCAGUAACUACACAGUUGCCCCCUUUCUCCUUGCACUCCCCUUUGCUCUGACUGACUAAGACAAAUCCAUUUCAGUUUAAUCAUUUAUAUGACCCAACUGAUUUUGAUACUGUAAAAAUGGUCAAAUAACUGAAGUUUAUAAACACUCUAUUGAUCUGAAGAAUUUUCUUCAGAAAAGUGGACUUAAGAAUCUUUAUUACAUAGCCCACAUUGGGCACUGUAGAAGUAUUAGAGUAAUAAAUUUUUGAAGAGUUAUGGAGCAUUUCUGGGCCUCUGGUUAAAUAGUAUCAGUUUAUAAAAUGUCCAAAUACAUAGAGGAGCCAUAGUGUGGUCUCUUAGGUACAUCGUGUGUUUUUAUUGGCCUGUGCAUUUUAUAUUUUUCUUUUUAAUCAAAAGUAUUAACUUUUAUGAGUAAAAACUUUUAGGUUGUUUCCUAAGGGCUUGUCUACAACUGAAAACUGUUCCAGAAUAAGGAAGGGUUUAAGUUUAGUUCAGAAAACUAUAUUAAUAAGACGGCUUAUUCUAGUGUCAAACUCUGCGUUUAUGCUUAGUGUAUGCCCAGUGUGGUACGUUGCCAGUUCUUCAAUAUCCAAAUGAUCUAUUCAUAGUUGUUAAAACCAGACGAUGCCAUUGUGGUCAUCUAGUCAGACCUCUAGCAAACACAGGCCCUAGGGCUUCCAUGAAUUCAGUUUAGAAAGCUAUUUAUCUGCUGAGACCUGAAAUUUGGGUAUUUCUCCAGCAACAGUUGAUAACCCAAUAACAACUAAAAGAAAUCAGGGAGCUGCACUGUUUUAGAUGAUUGUGACAUCUUCUGUUGCUGCAGAGGAAUCGUAGAAGCCUGAAUUGUAGUUUUAGCAGCUAUUUUGUUUUUAAAACAGCUGUAAUAUGUCCUGCAUAAACUGUUAGUAGUUUUGGAGCUCGGGUUACUCUGUUUCAAUCUUUUAUACAACAUUUUUUUUAAUGUUUCUAUGAAAACUGAAGUGAUACACUUAAGAUUUUCUUAAUUUUUUUAAUAUAAUGCAGAGAGAAAAUACUCAACAGAUCAUAUAUUCCUUUUUUCUUGGAAGUAUUUCUAUGUAAAUAUUACAAUAAUAAGAAUGUUGAUGGACAAGAUGAAAAUUGUACAUAUGUCUUCAUUUUUUGAUUUAAUUGUUGUAAGAUAAUGGCAUUUUUCUAUAAAUAGAUGAAGAGAAUGUAAAUAAUUUGCUGUGACUGUGCAAGUAAAGUUAGUUUUUGUGUAGGGUUUGUUCAUUACAUUUUCUAUAAAGACUCACCAGAAAAUGAGGAUACAAGUGGUAUUGCAACCUGUUAUGAUAUUUAGUGUAUUACUUAAACUUUCAGCUCCUGGAGUCAGGUGGUUAGGUGAGAAUCUUAUCUCUCACUUUUAAAAAAAAAAAAAAGUUUCCAGUUUGAAAACUGUAGAUCUUAGAGGCUCAAACACCAGAAGGCAAAUAAAAAGAAUCCAAAAUUUA